AUGUUUACUGAAAAACUGCAAACACUGAAAGAAAUGCGGAAAAUGCAAGAACGCUACAUCGCACUGGAAGAGAUUCAAGAAGAAGCGAGAGGUAGGGGAGUACACGAGGCUAGUGCAACGAUUAGGGCGACCCCAGGCAACACUCCCAGGCGGCUCGAGAAGAGACCAGACCCACCACCACGAGGAAACGGGAAGAAGGAGUGGAUAGCAAAAGGGAAAAAACCGAGACACGAGCCGAGAGCCUACACCCCAUUGAACGCACCAUUGGAAGAAAUUUUCAAGGAAGUCGAGAAGAGGAACGACAUCAUCUACCCGGCAUCAAGGGGGGUACAGUUCGAAGAAACCAAGGACCACCCCGGGUACCGCCACUACCAUCAGUACAGAGGUCACUCCACCAAUAAUUGUCGAGAGGUGAAAGACAUCGUGCAACAUCUUAUCCGAGACCGAUACCUGAGGCAGUUCGUCCGACAAGCACCACAAGCGACCACCGCACCCGAUGCACCUGUUCACCAGUGUAGCCAAGACCCUGCCGAUGGAACCUUGGAUGAUGCAACCCAUUUCCUCUCAGCCAAGGAUGUCCCGAUGAACGGUCAAGUCCAUAGCGACCCCUUGGUCAUUACCUUGCUAAUUGAAGAAUGGGGAGUGAGAAGGAUACUGGUAGACAUUGGGAGCUCAGUCGAGGUGCUUUUCUACGACACCUUCAAGAGAAUGGAAUUGUCAGAUGACAUUCUCGUACCCUCAACAUAUCGAAUUUACGGCUUCAAUGUGACCGUGACCAUCCUAAAGGGCGAACUAAAUCUGAGAGUAUCGGAUGGGGGCGGUUAUUUGGAUACUCUAACCACAUUCUGUGUAGUCGAUGUCGCUUCACCCUAUGAAGCUAUUAUCGGGAUACCUUGUAUCGCCAGUAUUAAAGGGGUGGCAUCGGCCUACCAUCAAAGACUGAGAUUUCCAACGUAUAAAGGUAUAGCAGAGGUCGUCGGCGAUUCACAGGAGGCCAGGAAAUGUAUGCAAAUCGAUAUUCAGAUAAAGGAGGAACGACGAGCACAUUAG